AUGGGUGAGGGCCGGCGGAAGGCCGGCGGAGGGCAGAGCGGCGGGCGGCUCGGCUCGGCCGGCGGGCGGCGGGCGGAGGGCCGGGUCAGCCGCCGUGGCUGCACCGCCGACCAGUGGAUCGUGUUCGACUUGGGCAGGGAGGUGCUCGUGAGGGAGGUCCGCACACGUGGACACGACGUCAACACCGCCUUCAACCCAAGGGCGAUGUGCUGGCAGCGCGGUCGCCGGGCUCAGACGCAGUAUCUGUUCUCGAGGCUCCGCAUCGUCUGGAAUGCGUGUUGA